AUGGUUCAAUCAUCCGUCUUGGGUUUCCCAAGAAUGGGACGCCUCCGUGACCUCAAGAAGGCGAACGAGGCAUACUGGGGCGACAAGCUCAGCCGUGACGAGCUCCUGGCCGAGGGCAAGAGACUGAGACUCGAGCACUGGAAGAUCCAAAAGGAUGCCGGUGUGGACAUCAUCCCAAGCAACGACUUUGCUUACUACGACCACGUCUUGGACCACAUCCAGAUGUUCAACGCCAUCCCAGAGCGAUACAGCAGCGCCAAGCUCCACAAACUUGACGAGUACUUCGCCAUGGGCCGUGGUCACCAGAAGGACGGCGUCGACGUCCCAUCCCUCGAGAUGGUGAAGUGGUUCGACUCGAACUACCACUACGUCAAGCCAACUCUCCAGGACAACCAGACCUUCAAGCUGUCCGAGAACCCAAAGCCAGUUGCUGAGUUCCUCGAGGCCAAGGAGGCCGGCAUCACCACCCGUCCAGUCCUUCUCGGUCCCGUCUCCUUCCUUGCCCUUGGUAAGGCAGACCGCAACCAGACCGUUGACCCAAUCACACUUCUCGAGAAGCUUCUCCCAGUCUACGAGGAGCUCCUCAAGAAGCUCAAGCAGGCCGGUGCCGAGACUGUUCAGAUUGACGAGCCAGUCCUCGUCUUUGACCUCCCAUCCAAGACCCGCAACGCCUUCAAGCCAGCAUACGAGAAGCUCACUGCUCUUCAGGGCAAGGAGGGCCCACAGCUCGUCCUCGCCACCUACUUCGGUGACAUCGUCCACAACUUCGACGUCGUCGACGCAGCUCUGACCAAGACAUACGCUCUCCACGUUGACCUUGUUCGCCACCCAGAACAACUUGAGAAGGUUGCACAGCACCUUGGCUCCAACCAGAUCCUCUCCGCUGGUAUUGUCGACGGACGAAACAUCUGGAAGACCAACUUCAAGAAGGCCAUUGAGACUCUUGAGACUGCCGUCCAGAAGGUUGGCAAGGACCGUGUCAUCGUUGCCACCUCCAGCUCCCUUCUCCACACCCCACACACCCUGGAGAGCGAGAAGAACCUCGACGACGAAGUCCGUGACUGGUUCUCGUUCGCCACACAGAAGGCCUCUGAGGUUGCCAUCCUCGCCAAGGCCGUCACUGAUGGCCCAGAUGCCGUCAAGAGCCAGCUCGAGGCCAACGCCAAGAGCAUGGAGAGCCGCCGCACAUCUAAGCGCACCAACAACCCAGAGGUUCAGAAGCGUGUGUCAUCCGUACAAAAGGCCGACUACGAGCGCAAGAACCCAUUCGAGCAGCGUAUUGCCGCCCAGAAGAAGCACCUCAACCUCCCAGAGUUCCCAACCACCACCAUCGGUUCCUUCCCACAGACCAAGGAGAUCCGUGUCCAGCGUAACAAGUUCACCAAGGGCGAGAUCACCGAGAAGGAGUACGACGAGUUCAUCGAGGCCGAGAUCCGUGACAACAUCAAGAUUCAGGAAGAGCUUGGCCUUGACGUCUACGUGCACGGCGAGCCAGAGCGUAACGACAUGGUGCAGUACUUCGGUGAGCGCCUCGACGGAUACGUCUUCACUACCCACGCCUGGGUCCAGUCUUACGGCUCGCGUUGCGUGCGUCCACCAAUCCUUGUUGGUGACGUCUCCCGCCCAAAGCCAAUGACCGUCAAGGAGAGCAAGUACGCUGUCAGCCAGAGCAAGAAGCCAAUGAAGGGUAUGCUCACUGGUCCAAUCACCUGCCUGCGAUGGUCGUUCCCACGUGACGACGUCCACCAGUCGAUCCAGGCCGCCCAGCUUGCCCUCGCCCUCCGUGACGAGGUUGUUGACCUCCAGAACGCUGGUGUCGCCGUCAUCCAGAUCGAUGAGCCAGCUCUCCGUGAGGGUCUGCCACUUCGUUCCGGUUCUGAGCGUGAGAAGUACCUCCAGUGGGCUGUCGACAGCUUCAAGCUCUCUGCCGCCGGUGUUGAGGAUGCCACCCAGAUCCACUCUCACUUCUGCUACUCCGAGUUCCAGGACUUCUUCCACGCCAUUGCCGCCCUCGAUGCUGAUGUCCUCUCCAUCGAGAACAGCAAGUCGGAUGCCAAGCUCCUCAAGGUCUUCAUCGACGAGAAGUACCCACGCCACAUCGGCCCAGGUGUCUACGACAUCCACUCUCCACGUAUCCCAAGCGAGCAGGAGAUCAAGGACCGCAUCCAAGAGAUGUUGCAGUACCUCACCCCAGAGCAGCUCUGGAUCAACCCAGACUGUGGUCUCAAGACCCGCCAGUGGAAAGAGACUAAGGAUGCGCUUGCCCACAUGGUCAGCGCCGCCCAGCACUUCCGCUCGCAGAAGAAUUAA